AUGUCCUCUAAGAGUUCUUCAUCGGACACCACAAUCCUCCUCUCCCAACCAUGGGAUAUCCUCAUAAUCGGUACCGGCGCCGCAGCUCUUACCUCCGCACUCUCAGCUCUCACAUCCACCACGCCACCACCGCGAGUCCUCAUCCUCGACAAAGCACCUCAAACCUGGGCCGGCGGAAACGGAUACUUCACCGCGGCGGCAUACCGCACGCGUCAUAACGGUCUGUCCGAAUUACUCCCUCUCGUCUCCAACGUGCCCUCCGAGUUGGCGGAAAAGGUCGAUCUGCCACCGUAUACCGCCGACCAGUUCCAUGAAGACUUGCAGCGUGUGACGGACGGACGGAGUAGUGCAGAACUGGGCAAAGUGCUGGUAGACGAGAGUUUGGAAUUAGUGAAGUGGUUGAAAAAAUUGGACGCUGUGGAGUGGUGGUUGAGUUUCCGACGGCAGGCGUAUGAAGUUGAUGGAAGGUGGACGUUUUGGGGUGGGUUGUGUUUGACUGUGCCGGAGGGUGGGAAGGGGCUUAUUCGAGGAUUGUUGGAGGCGGUGGAAGAGAGAGGUGGGAUGAUUUGUUAUGAGGUUGAUGUCAAGGAUGUUGUUGUGGGCGAGGAGGGAGGUGUGAGCGGAGUGAACGUGGAGUUUGAAGGGCAGAUGAGGAAGGUGGAGGCGAGGAGUGUGAUCAUGUGUGCGGGUGGUUUCGAAGCGAAUGCAGAAUUGAGGAAGAAGUGGAUGGGACAAGGAUGGGAAUUGGCGCAUACGAGAGGCACGCCAUACAACACGGGAGACAUGCUGACGGCGGCGAUCGGACUGGGUGCGAAGACGGUCGGAGACUUUAGCUCAAGUGGAUGUCAUAGUGUGGCGUGGGAUGCGGAUUCUCCCAAGACUGGAGGAGAUCGUGAGAAGACGAAUGAGUUCACGAAGAGCGGGUACCCUCUCGGAGUGAUGGUCAAUCGAGAAGGCAAGAGAUUUGUCGAUGAAGGCAUUGAUCUGAGAAAUUACACUUAUGCCAAAUUCGGUCGUGCCAUUCUCGAGCAGCCUGGUGGCAUCGCAUAUCAAAUCUGGGAUGCGGAUGGGCAAGGUUGGCUUCGACAGGAAGAGUAUCGUGAUGAGAUUGUCCGGAAGAUUCGAGCUGAGAGCAUUGGAGAGCUUGCGCAGAAAAUGGCAGCUGAUGAGAACGGACUCACGAACGUGGAAGAGUUCGUCAAGACAAUGACGGAGUACAACGAAGCAGUGGCUGCUCACCGGUCCGAAAACCCCAAUGUCCACCUCAACCCUGCUGUCAAAGAUGGCCUCUCGACGCAGUCGUCACGGAAGAGCCUGACUUUGGCGAAGUCCAACUGGGCUAUGCCGAUAGUGAAGCCUCCAUUUCUGGCAGUCAAAGUAACGUCGGGCAUUACGUUCACUUUCGGGGGACUGGCCAUUGAUCCGGACACGAGCCUGGUACUUCGAGAAGAUGGCUCGCCAAUCAAAGGGCUGUACUGCGCCGGCGAGAUGGUUGGAGGACUGUUCUAUGGAAACUACCCAGGUGGCAGUGGCCUGACAGCUGGUGGUGUUUUCGGUCGACGAGCUGGCAGAGAGGCGGCAUUACGUGCGGAAACGAAGAGCUCGUAG